GGCCCAUGGCGCUUCCGUCUGAGCGGGCACCGCCUACUUUGUCUGGCAGAAGAACAACCAGUUUUGGAGCCUGUCAACGCGUCACCCUUUCGCGUCUAUCGAAGACGCCAUUGCUUACCUCACAACAAAAGGUCGUGCGCUCUUGACUCUUUCUUCGAAACCAUCGGAACUGGAGACAACAACGUGAUCCUUACCUAAGGAGCCAAGAUGGCGAAGGAACUGAAUUACGACGAUAUAGCGCAGUUUAUGACCAGCGCGACUGGUAAGAAGGACGCCAAGCCCAAACCAGACGAGGCGGAAGCUCUGUCGAAGCUCAAGAUCCUGCAGGACUCACUGGAACGUGCCGAGAAAGGAGAGGAACCAGUGAAAGACGAAGACUACGAGAAAAGGAAACAGGAGAGACAAAAGAAGAGAGAAGAGUCAGGACAACCACCGAAAGACGACGAUGACGAGGAGGAUGAGGAUCCCCAUGGAAUCAUGGAUAAGCUCAUGGCACUCGCCACGCCCAAGAACCUGGCAACCCUGGAGAAGAUGGGGAUCUUGAAGAAGCUCGGUCCACUCGGAGGCCUUCUGAAGAUGCUGGUGAAGAACAACUCGAAGGGAGGCUCAGGAGGAGGAGGAGCGGGAAUCCCCGGGCUGAACACGGGCAUGCUGAAGAACCUGGGCGGGAUGAGCGGGAUGCUGGGCGGCGGAGGUGGUGGAGACAGCGGCGGCGGUGGCGGCGGCUUCAACCCCGCUCUACUAGCAGGCCUCGCCACGCAACUAGGCGGUCCGGACUUGGCGGGAGCAAUGGGAGGCGGGGGUAAAGGCGGCAUCGGGGGAUUUUUUAAGUCACUAUUUAGUAAGAAGAAAUAAAGCAUCUUGGGAAUGGCAGAAUACCAGGGGGAAGAAGGGAAUAGUUAGAAAGCCACCACGCAACUUAUUUUUCUAAUGCAGUCAGAAAUUGAUAAAUCCUUUUGUUUGUGCGUUGUUUUCAUUUUUUUAUGGAGAGCAUAUGCUUUCCCUGUAGCUUUUAGAUAUCACUAUAGAUUAGACAUUCAGAUCUCUCAGUAAAAAUGUAGUAUGUUUUAUCUUGAUUUUUAUCGUUGUGUCAGGUUGUAGGUUAACAAGUAACAUCAUCCUUCGUUUGACGCUAUCUCUACCUUGUUUAGGUAUCCACUAGUUUGAUGUAUUUUGUUUAUAAUGCGUAAAUACUUACCACUUGUUCAACAGCUAACAUUUGUGUUAUCUCGAAGAUAGACUAGUUAACGGCAAGUUAAAGGUGGUUAGGGUACUUCUUAAUGGUGCUGGCUUCACUGUUGCAAGGCAAGUACGUAUUGUAUAGCCUGGCUGAACUUGGCAAUGGAGCUUUUGUAGAAAGUGACGCUUCGGUGUAUCUGUAUUUUCUUCCACGUACCAUUUUGUUUGUUUUGUUGACAACGAAGACGUAUCUUUAAUUCAAUUUGCUUCCUUUAUAGCUAGGAGCUGUCACCAUGUCAAUGUGGUCUUCAUUAUAUAUCGCCCAAUCGCUUGCAAACUCAUGACUUACUAUGUUUAUACAAUAAGCCUGGCUUUUGCUCUUAAAGGCCACUAUUUUGUACGAUUAAGUUACAUCUGCCUUCAAGAAUUAUGUCUUCACAACAUUUGUAAGUUUGGUAGUCAUAUUGGCCAUUGAUUCUGCAUUGUUGUAUACAAAUGUAAAAGUAAACCUGGGUUGAAAACCACAUUACGUUUCUUUGCUUUAAAGUUAAAUAGAAGGAAUUGAAACUAGGGGCAUGCAAAAGGCAGUUUGUUGCAUAUGGUUGACAUUACGUCACAGAGCCAUGUACAAGUCAUAAGAUAAGUGUUUGGCAAAAUAAAUCCAUGUGUGACAACCUCAUCACUUUACCAGAACAAUAGCCGUGUGCAAAAAGAAGAGUUUGCAGUAAACAUUUGUCCAUGGCUAUGAUUGUAUCUAGCGUAAGCAGGUUCCUCGUUGGUAACAUAGUGAUGAUUCUCCUCAAAGCAAGAUACUUUAUCUUAACAAAAACUAGCUAGUUUCAAAGAAAUAGCUUCUGGGAUAUUCGUAUGUUUUUUUUGUGUGUGCUUAUGAUUGAAUUUUGUAUCAUCCAUACAGUUCCAAUUGCAGAUGUCGACUAUUGGUGCAUCUAAUGUUAUAUACUAGCAGAUUAUUCACGCCAAGGCCAUUCGGCGCUUUCACGCAACGUAAUGUGAAACGCAUCAGUGUAUGUUCGGUGAACUGUGAUUAAAGUCACUGUUUGUACAAGAUAA